UGAGGGGAAAAACAAAACAAAAUGGAGGCCGCUUCUGACUCUGAGGGAAGCAUGAUGGCGGCGGCGGCGGCGGCGGCGGCCACAGACAGCCUCAGCGGCGGCGGCGGCGCCUCAGCCCCAAUAAUCCCGGAGCGUCUCCAGCAGCGAGAAGCGGAGCGCCGCGGAGAAGCCGAGCGCCGCCGCAAGGAGCGCGAGGCGCAGUCGGUGGAGGAGGAGCGGAGCGAGUUCUUCGCGGCCGCCUUCUCCCGCCAGAAGGAAGCGGCGGAGGCCCUGCUGGGGCCUGGCUUAGGCAGCGAGGCCGUUUCGGAGGCGGCGGCGCUCUUGCAAGAGCUGCAGCGGCUGCUGACCGACUCUGUCCGCUUUCUGGCCCCGUACGAGGUGCGGCAGGCCCAGGCGGCAUUGACCCGGCUCCAGGGCGCUUUGGCCCAGCGGCGCCUGGACGUCCAGCCCAAGAAGCGCUUCGCCUUCACCAAGGCCCUGAAGAAGGAGGCCUCGGGGAAGCCCUCAGAAGCCACGAAGGAGGAAGGCACAGAGGGCCCCCCUUCGAUCCUCCCUUCGGAGCCUUUGUGCGGCUUCAGCCAAGAGGAGGGGAAAGCCCUGGAGCUGGGGCAGGAAGAGCUGCUGCAGAAGGACGUCGUCCUCUCAGGCCUCAGCUGCUGCCGCGUCCGGCUGAAGGGCAACCCAAACACCCUGCUGCUCCGCGACUGCCAGGACUGUACGCUCCUCUGUGGGCCGGUCUCCACUUCCGCCCGGGUGGACGGCUGCCAGCGCUGCCUAGUGGCCCUGGCCUGCCAGCAGCUCCGCACCCGGCGCACCUCCGACACCAGCUUCUACGUCCAGGUGACCUCCAGGGCCAUGCUGGAGGAGUGCAGGGGCAUCCGCUUCGCCCCUUAUACUUGGAGCUACCGGGGCCAGGAGCAGGACUUUGAGACUUCCCGCCUGGACCGGAGCCAGGGCCACUGGGACCGAGUGGACGACUUCGACUGGCUGGCCAGGGACCAGGCCUCCCCCAACUGGAGCCUCCUCCCCGAAAAGGAGAGGGUCGUGGACUGGGACUGAGAGGCAGCCUCUCUCUGUGAAGUCAAAGGCUUUCGUAACCGGCAUCCCUAGGUUUUUUGUGGGUUUUGGGGGGCUGUGUGGCCAUGUUCUAGAAGUUUAUUCCUGACGUUCCACCAGCAUCUGUGGCUGGCAUCUUCAGAUGCUGGCAAAACGUCAGGAAGAAACUCUUUUAGAGCAUGGCCACGUACCCCAAAAAACCCCACAGAAAAACCACCUCUCUCUGUUGUUCCUCACCCAAUUGCAGCAUCGUCCCCGAAAAGGAAAGGGUCACGCACUAGGACUGAGAAGCCACUUCUUGCAUGAGAUUUAUUACAGCCAGUGACCAAUACAAGAGGGCUACAAGCAAGACAAAAAUCAAUAAAACGAGGAGUACGAAAAGGAGAACAGCAGGGAGAGAAAUCAGGCAAAGGUUAUCACAUCCUGAGGAAAAUAGUAUUUAUAAAACACAUUUUAUCAACAAUUCAAAGCCUAGAUAAAUUCUAAAAAUAACAUAGUAGAGAACCAUUCAAAUAAUAAAAUCAUGGUUUAAUUAAAA